AAGGCGCAUAGUGUAAAACCGCUCCAGAGCAGAGGAGAGAGAGAGAGAGAGAGAGAGAGAGGCUCAGAUUUCAGCGCACGCACUGACGGCUGAUCGGCCAGUACACAGGGACAGAGAGAGAGAGAGAGAGAGAGAGCUGCAGCUACACCGCUCAGACAGCACCAUCAGAUGGCUCGGCUGAAACUUGGUGCAAAGUGAAGUUGAGAGUUGACUUGGGUUUUGUUAUUCUCGGUUUUGUUGCUUAACCGACUUGAACGAUGCCAAACACCACAGGAAUGAGUCGUGUUUUGAUUUUGUUAUAAAUACUUAUUUGAGAAUAUCAAGCAAGAAAAAGUUUGGAAGGAGGACAGCUGCAAGACCUUAAGUAGCCUACCAAAAGUGGUCUUUUUUAUCUUCUUGAUUCAUAUUUGGAUUUCAUUGUGGGGGAAAAAACAUAUUAAAGUUAAAGUAGGUCUGCAUGAAAAAUGGAAGAGGAACAACAGUGGAGAGCUACCGGUCACCCCAAAGUGCGGAGGACUUGUGACGACAAGGACGCUUGCAAGAAGCCGCUUUGGAGAAACUUUGGAGAUUUUGCCGGCCUGACAAUUUGUAUAAUUUUAAGCCUCUUGUCUCUGGGAGUUUGCAUGGCGGUCUUUCUGCGGACGUCGGAAUUGCAGUCACGGAUAUUCAGCCUGGAGCAGCAGCGGGACUCGCAGGUCACCGCAUGGAUGUCCUCGGAGCAGGUGGAACCCGUUAUCCUGGCCCGUCUUGACCGGAUUCUGGAAGAGAAACUCGCAGCUCGGCUGCCCAAGACACGGCAGGCCCGCGAUGUGCCCCACAACUGCCUCUGUCCUCCAGGACCUCCAGGUCCUCCGGGACGAGCAGGCUUUCCGGGUGACAAGGGAGGUCUGGGAAUACCUGGACGGAUGGGCUUAAAAGGACACGGAGGGGAGAAGGGUGCACCGGGCGAGCCUGGGCUGUCCAUCAUCGGGCCGAGGGGACCUCCUGGCCAGCCAGGCACCCGCGGGUUCCCAGGGUUUCCAGGUCCAAUCGGGUUGGAUGGCAAGACUGGACAGAAUGGACAGAAGGGUGACAUGGGUCAGAAAGGACUGACGGGGCUCCCAGGUGACCAUGGACCUAAAGGAGAGAAGGGUGUCUGCGGAGACUACUCACACAGGAAGCGACGUAUUGUACAGCCGUGUGUUGGACAUUUAGCCACACAGGGCGAGACCGGAGCCCAGGGCCCCCCGGGACCUCCCGGGCCCCCCGGGAACCCCGGCCUGAGCGGAGUCAGCGGCCCACCGGGAAAACCUGGCGAAGCCGGGAAGCCAGGGAAAGAUCCAAGGUUAAUACCAGGAAUGAAGGGUGAAGCAGGAGUACCAGGGCAAAAGGGUGACCAAGGAGUCGUUGGCCCGGCCGGUCCUCAAGGCCUACAGGGCGAGGCGAGCUCUGCUGGUAAAGGGAUUAAAGGAGAACCCGGAACUCCAGGAAUAAAUGGUCUAUCGGGGUCCAAGGGCGACAAAGGAGACCAAGGCAUUAAGGGGGAGACAGGAGCUGAAGGCCCAUUGGGACCAAGAGGUCCAUCAGGCCCAAUUGGAGAGCCCGGGAAGUCAGAAAUCCAGAACAACGACAACGAUAUCCGCAACAUCCCCCUAAUGGGCCCGCCCGGACUUCCUGGACCCCCUGGGACACCAGGAAACAAGGGGGACGUUGGCCUGCCUGGAGCCCCGGGACACGACGGAGAGAAGGGUCCCCGGGGGAAGACAGGAGAGUCGGGACCCGCAGGCCCGGCCGGCCCAGAGGGUCCCAGGGGGGAGAGCGGUGUCGCCGGCUUCUCAGGAACCAAGGGAGACAAGGGCGACAUGGGUCUCUCUGGAUCGCCUGGGCCCAAAGGAGAGCCAGGGGACGGAGGAAGGGCAGAGCUGAUCUUUGGGCCACCUGGGCCACCCGGACCAGUGGGUCCAGCUGGGCCUCAAGGACAUUCGGGGCCUAAGGGAGAGCCGGGCAUUGGAAUGAGAGGGGAGAAGGGAGCUUCUGGUCUGAAAGGAGACAGGGGUGACCGCGGCCAUCUUGGACUUCCCGGUCUUAUAGGACCGUCAGGUGUGCCAGGGCCAGCAGGACCAAAGGGAGAGAGAGGAGUAAAGGGAGAUGGAGGUGUACCGGGACCAAUCGGAGCUCAAGGCCUCCCUGGUUUAGUAGGACCACUGGGACCCAAAGGAAACCGGGGAGAGAGGGGCAAGAAGGGCAUCAGGGGCCCCAAGGGGCAUAGGGGAGACCAAGGAGCGCCAGGAUUAGAUGCCCCCUGUCCGUUGGGAGACGACGGCUUACCUGUACCGGGCUGCUGGAACAAAGGUCAACAUCCCUUCCAGCUGGCCAGAUAGACAAGCUGAGACCUUCUCAGCCUCUCUCUCUCUCUCAUCGCGGCCAACAGGAAACAUGAGGACGUUUGGAGAAAUCUCUGGAGUUGUUUCACCCCGAGGGUUGUCCACUUUCAUGGAUGUUUUCCAUCAGCUUGACGCCGGGCCAGUAAGUUGAGGCAGGCGAAAGGGGGCGAAGUGACUAAGAGACUGAAGACUAAAAAGUAGUGAAUAGUUGUUCCACCUCCUCCCCUAUCAAGCCCUUCAGUUGCCUCCUUUGCUGGGGACGCCAACACAGCAACGAGGAGGAAACGAAGAGCGUAGUCCAUCUAGAAUGCUCUGCGUUGUUUCACUUCACUGAUAUGGGAGGAAUACGUCACCAGUUGUUCUUGAUUUUCUGUUUCAUACACGCACCAGCUCUACUGUCCCUGUGAUAUAAGAAUUCAGAGCAGCUCGCAGGACAGAUAGAUAUCAUUUCUUUAUGCUCUUGUGUUUCCACGAGAAAGCCAGCGUACUAUUGGAUACACUCUUUGAUGAUUCCUUAUUAAUGUUAUCCAAAUCACUGCCAUCUCAAAGCCUCCUAACCCGAAGCUAAGUCGCUACCAUAGCUUGCCAGACUCUUUGAAACCUGCAUUGUAACGUUACACUCUAGUGUACACACACCUCGUCAAAGAUAACAUCCUAGUUAGCUCCCAGUUACUCAAAGUGUUCAAGGUCACCAGACAUAUGUGGUGGUGGUGUUGUAAUUAAUGUACAAUAUAAGAGAAAACACUUUUCUUUGUAAAUCCUAUUUGCUUGUUGUAUAUAGAUUAGUCAACUUUGUUAUAUUCAUUUCAUUUAGCAAUCAGAAUGACCAUUACCAUAACCUAACCCUAGCCAUGGGCAGCAUUAAAAAAACACAUUAUAUGAUUAUUUAGUUUAGUUAUCAGAUAUGUUUUUGAAGGAUUUUUGAAGAUUUCUCUCAAAUGAAACACACACUAAAGCCUGACUUGUCUUUUUGACAAAUGAUGUCAUUAUAAAGUAUAAGUACCUGUACUAUAUCAUGUCAUUCAGUCCUAUUACUAUUUACUUGAUUUGAAUUGAAAUCAAGUAAUUAUCUAUCUUUUCAAUCUAUCUAUAGUCUAAUAUUUAUCAGGCGAAAAACAACCCUGUUCUAUACCGUUAGAAGUUCUAUAAGUUAUACACAAACUUUCCUGUUUCAUUCAACCUAAUGAGCGGAAUCAUUCCUUACGUCGUCGUGACAACUGCCUUGUAAACAGACGGAGAACACAGCUGUGUGUAUUUAUUCUUCACUGUGUUUUUAUUUGAAUUUUCUUUAUUUCCAGUAUGGGGGGGGGGGGGGGGGGGGGGGGGUUAACUUGUUCAGCCAGUAUUACCCUUGGACAGAGGAGGACCACAGGGUCAUGUCCACAAUCCUGCAGUCUUCUGUUACAGUAAACUGACCCCAAAUACGUGAUUUUCAACUUCACCAUUUUCCCCACAUAGGUUUUAUGUUUUGUUUUGUAUUUUUUCAUGCGGGAAUGAAAUCCUGGUUCAGCCGAUCCAGCUGCAGAACUUUGCCAUUUAUAAUACACAUCUAUACCACAAUGACCCUUGUAAGCACAUGAAAUAUAUUACACCACAUACAUAAACAUUAAGGUGUACAAUCGUGUUCAAUUUGAAGCUCUCAUGUGCAAUGUGAUGUGAGUAUCAGACUGCGCAUGUGCAUGAGCAAAUAUAAAUGGCUCUGUUUUAUUCGUGAGUAUUGGGUCACUGGUCACUGGCCUUUGCAUGAAGGGGUUAAUUGAGUGAAGGGUUAAAUUUAGUCAAAUUGUAUUCUGGGUUUAAGUUCUCUGAUGUUUUUAGGUAAAUGAAAUGCAUCCUUGUAGGUCAAAAUCGACAUUUUGCCUUGAGAAAUAAGAAACUUAAAUUUGACUUAAAUUUGGGAAUGACUAUUGUGGCUAAUUUGAUCGUCAAACUGAAUCUAAGACACUGAAUCAAUGCUGACAAUCAAAUAGUGUCUUGGUCAGCCCUUCUGUUAUAUUUACUAAAUUUAGAAGUUUAUUUCGACUGUAUUCAAUUUCAAAUUUGUGGUUUUCACCUUAUAUUAUAUAUUUUUCUUGCUCUUUCUGCAACUACGGUAUGCAUCACAGAAUAACUGAACAAUGGUUUGCCAUUUUAUUGUCAAAUGUUAAAAUAACAGUUAUAUCUUUCUAGAUAGGCCUACAUUAAGGGCAUGAAACAGUUUAUUUUUAAUGAACUAGGUUGAGAUCUUUUGACGAAAAAAUACCUUUUAGUGUUUUGAAGUCCUAAAUAUUUUCAGCAGUUAUUUCACGUUUCAUUUUAUGUUUCAUCAAUGGUUUUAUGGGUCUAUUAAAUGGAGGCUAUUAGGAAAGACUAAUAUUUGUGUCAAUUUGGAUCAGCUUUACACACAAUAUCUGAAAAGGUUGACCAUGUCAACAUAUUAAUCUGUUAUUAUUGAACAUUGUAAUUGUGGAAUAUGAUUGGGAUCUACUAUGAUAUUCAAAAUCUUGCUUCACUUUGGAAAGGUAACUCUAAAAUAUUAGCAAAUUAUUGAAAAGAAAUUAAGGGAAUUUAAUAAUUUUUCUAAUGAUCACAAUCAGGGUUGUCUAUUGGUAAAUCAUGACCACACCAUAUAAGGGCAUUAUUUCACCAUGAAUUUGGUUUAAGUUUGGAAUGUAAAGCUGAUUCAACAUCAAACCUAUAUUUCAUUAUUUGAAACGGUUGUGCAAAAUAACAUAUGUAUUAUAUUGAGGCAUAGAGUUUAAAUCAUUUUGUUUGGAUGUCUAUUUUUAGCAGUUACUACACUAUCUAGCGUAUGGAUAGGAGGGCAUUAUGUCGAACCGUUUUUGCAUGCUGAUGUUCUUUGUCAUAUGCAAGAAGCACAGUUUGUCAUUGAAUGCCAGUGUUGUUGACUUGGCUAUAUAUUUUUUCUGAGAUGUACAUUUCUGCACAGUAUAUGAGGGGAUCUGGUGAGCGAGGAGUUUGGCGGCCAUUACAGAUUUCGGAGGUUGAGUGCAUUGGCAUUGAACGACAUUGAAUCUAGAUGUAAAAGUUUGUUUUCCAGCAUUCAAUGUGAGUUCCAUCGAAAAAGUGACUGCAACUCACGGUCAUUGUGUUUUUUUAAUAUAUUGUAUUGAGUGUGGUGUCUAAAAUGUAUGUGUUUAUAAGAUGACAAUGGUUUUAUUUUCAGAAGAAAAAUAUUUGUACUUUUUAUAAUCCACUAAAAGGCAGCUUUUGUCGCUGAUUGAUUGCCAAGACAAAUUUACUGUUAAAUGCAAUAUAAAAAUGUCACUUAGUAAAAAUAAAGAGGCAUUUUCAUCUUUA